GUGGGCGGAGGGAGGCACUGGGGAGACCGCGGCACCCAGCGCCGAAGCGCAGCGCAGCGCAGCACGGCGGCAGACGGCGGGAGCACCCAUCGACGGGCGCAGCAGGAGGGAGCCGAGCGGAGAGGCGUGCUCCACACCGAGAAGCCGAGCCGAGCCGCCGCAUCCCCCGGCCGCUGCGCGCACAGGCCCGCGCCCUCCUCUUGUCCCUGCUCCCCACCGCGCCCCUCCGGCCAGCAUGAGGCUCCUGGCGGCUGCCCUGCUCCUGCUGCUCCUGGCGCUGUGCGCCUCGCGAGUGGACGGGUCCAAGUGUAAGUGUUCCAGGAAGGGGCCCAAGAUCCGCUACAGCGACGUGAAGAAGCUGGAGAUGAAGCCAAAGUACCCACACUGCGAAGAGAAGAUGGUUAUUAUCACCACCAAGAGCAUGUCCAGGUACCGCGGCCAGGAACACUGCCUACACCCCAAGCUGCAGAGCACCAAACGCUUCAUCAAAUGGUACAACGCCUGGAACGAGAAACGCAGGGUCUACGAAGAAUAGGGCGAACAGUCUUGGGAAGAAAAACUCCAGGCCAGUGAGAGACUUCAGCAGAGGACUUUGCAGAUUAAAAUAAAAGCCCUUUCUUUCUCACAAGUAUAAGACAAAUUAUAUAUUGCUAUGAAGCUCUUCUUACCAGGGUCAGUUUUUACAUUUUAUAGCUGUGUGUGAAAGGUUUCCAGAUGUGAGACCCAGCCCUCCUGCACCCCAGACUUCAUUACAAGUGGCUUUUUGCCGAAGGGGCGGGGGGACCUCAAGCCUUUCCUUUUUAAAAUAAGGGGUUUUGUAUUUGUCCAUAUGUCAGUACACAUCUGAGCUUUAUAAGCGUCUGGAAGGAACAAUGAGCAUGGCUGAGGCAUUUCAUUGCACCGUUGCUCCAGUCCAGGCUUGCAAACUUCCGCUCAGAGGGCCUGGCACCUCGGCACAGCUGCCAUGGGCUCUCCUGGGCUUACGACUGGUCAGAGUUUUGCUGUGACUCCGCAGUGGCCCCUUUUGCAGGGCAAUUGGGAGCAGGUCCUUCUACAUCUGUGCCUAGGGGAGCUCAGUGGAGUUACCAGAACAAGCUUCAUCCCCACCCCGACCCCAGCUCAUCCCGGGGGCUCUGUCAUAGCCAGGCAAGGGAUCCUUAAAGGACCUUAAAGGAUCUUCCAACCUGAGGACUGCUGAAGGGUUUGCUGCUCUGGCAGACUACUGAAGCAUAGACAGCUCCCAGCAGUGUGAGAAAACGCACUGAGGAGGAAACAGAAAGGUUCAGGAAUAUAUGCUCAACACACAGCCAGAAUGCCACAGCCUCUUGGCGAGGGCGGGCUUUGUGUUUUUCCCUUCCCCCUGUAAAAAGCACACAUCCCUCUGUGCACAUGCAAACAGCACAGUCCUCUUUGGGAGUUAGGAUGAUCCUGUGCCCUCUCCUGUGUACAUAUAGCCUUUACCGCAUCCUGCCACCCUUCAGUAGAGGCAGCUGUGUGGCUGUGUUAUCUGCUAUGUAAAUGCUGAGAACCACGAGUGCUGCAUGCAGGUUUCAUGUUCUUUCUAAGAUGAAAAAGAAAGUAAUAAAAUAUAUUUGAAGUUACCAAAA